UGAGUGAGUAACUGGUCAUCAAGCACUCUGAUCCACUCAAAGACUGAAAAAGGAGGUCUUUUAACUAAAAUCCAUCGAUUCCCAAUUCUGGCUGCUGCAGAAAAGCCAAGCUACAACUGCGUGUGCAAAAACUACUAAGUCCAUGGAAAAGGGAAAGCUCACCUCCUACACCUUUUGGAUUAGGAAGCUGAUGCUAUGAGCUAGCAUUAUAGGAAUAAAUAAAAAUUUGAGGCUUAGAACUCAGGCAAGACUGGUAGUACUAUUGAGCAUCCAAAAUGGUGAUGGCUUCUACUGUUAAAGUGGUUCUAGGCUCAAUUGCUUUUGGAAUGUUCUGGGUACUGGCAGUUUUCCCUUCUGUCCCUUUUCUACCAAUUGGGAGGACUGCAGGGUCCCUACUAGGGGCCAUGCUUAUGGUCUUAUUUAGGGUCAUAACCCCAGAUCAAGCUUAUGAUGCAAUUGAUCUCCCAAUCCUGGGUCUUCUGUUUGCAACAAUGGUUGUUAGUGUCUAUCUUGAAAAGGCAGAUAUGUUCAAGUAUUUAGGCAAGUUGCUUUCGUGGAAGAGUAAAGGAGCUAAGGACUUGAUUUGUCGAGUCUGUGUGAUUUCUGCAAUAUCAAGUGCCUUUAUCACCAAUGACACCGUUUGUGUGGUUCUAACUGAAUUUGUACUGAAAAUUGCAAGGCAACAUAAUCUACCCCCUCAUCCUUUCCUGCUUGCUCUUGCCUCCAGUGCGAAUAUUGGGUCUGCAGCAACUCCUAUUGGAAAUCCUCAAAACUUGGUUAUAGCAGUUCAGAGUAAAAUUCCUUUUGUGGAUUUUCUUUUUGGAGUUCUCCCUGCAAUGCUGGUAGGAAUAGUUGUGAAUGCUUUGUUUCUUAUAUGCAUGUACUGGAGGGUAUUAUCUGCUCAGAAGGAUGAAGAGAAUGCAACAAGCGAAGUGGUUGGAGAUGAGGAUGUUGUUUCUCAUCAGUUUUCACCAGCCACAUUAUCACAUCAUUCAUCGAUAAAUUCUCAAGAAGGGAACUUAACGUUGGAAACUGUAAAUAUGCAAAGCUCUCCAAACAUGAAUGGACCCGUGGCUCAUGUUGAUGCUACCCUUAGGAACCGAGCAAGUUCAGUGGAAAAUGAAAUCCACAGGGCAUCUAGCAGUGGAUUUGAGUCUGGAAGAAACUCAAAUGCUUCAAAAGAGGGGAUAAAUGAUGGAUUUUCCCCCAAAAAGGAAGAAACUGCCCCUUCAAAGAGGGCUGUAUUAAUGGAUACAUUGAGAGAUGCAUUGCCUACACAAUCAUCAGAAGGAAAGGAAAAUGUGACCACAAAGUGGAAAAUGAUGCUAUGGAAAUUCUGUGUUUACCUCGCUACUAUUGGCAUGCUGCUUGCUAUGCUUAUGCAUCUCAACAUGUCCUGGACGGCAAUUACUGCUGCACUGGCUCUUGUGGUUCUCGAUUUUAGGGAUGCCCGACCUUGCCUAGAAAAGGUGUCCUAUUCGCUUUUAGUUUUCUUUUGUGGAAUGUUUAUCACAGUCAAUGGUUUCAACGAAACUGGAAUUCCAAGAAGUUUCUGGGACAUGAUGGAACCCUAUUCAAGGAUCACCCAUGUUUCUGGGAUAGCAGUUCUUGCAGUUGUUAUACUAGUCCUGUCAAAUUUGGCUUCCAAUGUACCAACUGUUCUCUUGCUGGGAGCGAAGGUAGCAGCUUCAGCAGCUGCACUCUCUUCAGCUCAUGAGAAGAAGGCAUGGCUCAUUUUAGCUUGGGUCAGCACAGUUGCCGGGAACUUGUCACUAUUAGGAUCAGCAGCUAACUUGAUAGUAUGUGAGCAAGCUCGCCGUCCUCCACAUCUUGGGUACAACUUAUCCUUCUGGAAUCAUCUAAAGUUUGGCGUUCCCUCCAGUCUUAUAGUCACUGCUAUUGGUUUGACACUCAUAAGGUGAUAACAGUGUUCAAAUUAAACGGUCGCCCCUCCUGAUGCAUACAUGUAUGUAUGUUAAUUUGGCUACAAAAUUAUUGGUGUCUACACGAUAUGUUUCCCCUUCCUUCCUUCUCCUAUUGAGACAAGGGAAAAUAAACUCAAAAUAGGCCUCUAAGUGUUAUGUUUCAUCUUUUGUCCCCUUCAAUAUGGUUCUAUCUAUUAAUUGUGUGAAAAAUGUGCAUGUGAGUUUCAACGUUUGCAUCUAAUUUAAAAUCAAUUGGCAAUGGGUAA